CCAGGCGGUGCUAUGGAAAACGCAGCGAUCCCAGCUUUUCUUUGCACUCCACGGGGAUCCCAUGCCAGAGACACUUCGUAUCCGACUACAGUUUGAGCAUCCGCUAGCGGUGUCCCAGUGCUUGUGCUCUGUGCCUCUGGUGCUUUUGGAGCGAUCGGUUGAGGAUCUCGCCAGUCAUCUCGCCCAAAAAUUUGGGAUCGACACGGAUGUGGCAUUGGAGAUCGACGGGUUCGAGCUACUGAGUGGAGACAUUGUCAAGGGCGUUGUUCGAGAGAAUGACCUAAUAACGGUGAAAGCCGAUCACAGGAAUCCCGGGGCAACAAAGCUCGGCCAAGGAUCUGCCAUACGCAAAUACGAUGUUUCCUUAGGGGAGCCCAGCGCCGACCAACCAAAAUGGCUGGCAAUAGAUUCGAAAGGGAGCCUCAAGCAGCCUUUGAGCCAAUCCAAGGUACUCGAUCGAAGCCAAGAAGCGAUUGUCUCCGAGGCCCGAAGCACUCGCUCACUGCUCGCACAAUCGAUCGAGGCAGAAACUUGCGAUCAUGCGGAAUCAACUCACGGCCAUAAUGGCGUUGGUGAAGAUCAUGACGACAGUGAAGAAGGCAGCGAUGAUGACGACAGUGACGAAAGCAGUGAUGAUGACGACAGUGAAGAAGGCAGCGAUGAUGACGACAGUGACGAAAGCAGUGAUGAUAACGACAGUGACGAAAGCAGCGAUGAUGACGAUGACAGCGACGGUAGCGACGACAGUGAAGAAAGCGAUAAAAGCAGCGAUAGCGAAGAAAGCGAUAAAAGCAGCGAUGGCGAAGAGAGCGAGGAGAGCGACGAUCAUGCUUCUGCUUCCCAUCCAAAUCCAGUAGCCCCGACGAUCGCCACAACGCAGUCUGGCAUUGGGCUGCUCUCGCCGCCAAAGUCCCAGUCUCAUGUUCGCAAAGUCCCAGUCGAGGAUCGGAUUGAAAGUACCCCGGCCAAUGCCGAUGCCCCGCUUGCCCUCGGCAAAAACAAGCGCAAGCAACUCCAAAAGAUGCUGGGAGCUUCAAGGACUCACGUUCGGUUCGGAAACGAGCUUGGGGCCGAGGUGGAAGCCUUGCUGCAGUCUGCUGAAGCGACGUCGCUUGCUCCUGAAAAGCGGGUGAAUGUUCAAGCUACUGCUCCGUUUGCACAGGUUCAGAUCAUGAACGACGAUGGAACACCCACCCCUCCGCGAGCAAUAUGGACGCGUGUUGAGCUGGAGGAUGGAUAUGGCGACGAGGUCGAAAGCGGAUUCCAUCAGUUCUGGCCCAAGGUCCCGGCAAAGAAGCGACAGCGGCCGACCCAUGACGCACAGCAAAGACCAGCCCAGAAGACCACGCAGAAGCACCCAAGCAUCGCAGCCGACUCCCGGACAGAGCCGCCCGAAGACUACUCCAAGUAUCCACUGGUGCUCGAUCAGAUUCAAGUUGGCUCGAAGAUUGCCUUCAAGAUCCUGGAGCUCUCAGAAAAUUACACGCCGGCGAUUUCGGGAUACAAAACUGCCACGGUGAUGCUGUACAAUCCUUUCCAAAAGUCCUAUCGACUCAAAUGCCACAGCAAACCUGUCCAGCCUGGUGGGCGGUUUGAGAUCGACGAUCCCGACAUUCUCAUCGACGGUCGCCCUGAGGAUGCCGGAGAGAUGGACGUCCUGAAAGCAGAUCUGAUUGAAGUUCGGCUGGUGGAUAGCACGGCUGAGUGAGAGACAACGACCCACCACCACUGGACAGACGCUGGACAGACACUGGACAGAUUUCCCCUCGAGCGACGAUCACCCGAAUG